UUGCCCAUCAAGCCAAAGAUUACACCUGCUUGUGGAGUCGCCGGUGCCAUCCUGAUCAUUGCCGGAUUGAUCUUGGCCUUCGUGGGAAUCAAGCAUAGACCCACACAGACAUUCCUAAGCACAUCUUUAUUGAUCGCGCUUGGAAUUGAGGUCCUUGUCAUUUACCUCAUGCACCCGCCGGUUCCAGAUGCCAUUCAAGGUGCAUAUGUGGUUGCCGGAGUUGUUGGAGGCUGUCUUUUGGGCUCUCUGGCUUUGAUAUUCAAGGAAGUUUCCGAAGGCUUCGGAUGUGUCUUGGGAGGCUUCUGCUUUGCCAUGUGGCUCCUCACUCUGGCUCCAGGUGGUUUGAUUCAGAAUCAGGUCGGGCGCAUCAUCCUCAUUGGCGUCUUUUGCGCAGCAUGUUUCUCCCUGUACAUCAGCCGCUACACUCGAGUGUACGGCAUCAUUGGCUGCACGUCUUUCGCUGGAUCUGUCGCCUUUGUCCUGGGCAUCGAUUGUUUCAGUAAAGCCGGACUGAAGGAGUUUUGGAUGUACAUCUGGAAUCUGAACGACGACGUUUUCCCCCUUUUCACUGAUACCUACCCAAUCAAUCGUAACAUGAGAGCGGAACUCGCG